AUGGAUUUAGGGGGAAGUAUCUUUGUCUUCUUUUUCACUACCCUUUGGUUCUAUCUCCUAUGGACACUCAUAAAAUUCCUUUAUUCAGUAUGGUGGAUGCCACUUCAAAUACAAAAUAAAAUGAUCUCUCAGGGAAUCAAAGGGCCCCCUUAUAGAUUUCCUCAUGGGAAUACCAAAGAUAUCUCCCUUAUGAGAAGCCAAACUAUGGACAAACCCAUGGUGGAUAUUUCUCAUGACAUUUUCCCAAGAAUUCAACCUCAUGUUUACUCAUGGACAAGGAUUUAUGGGAGGAAUUUCCUCACUUGGCAUGGCUCAAAACCGUACUUAUUUGUCACUGAACCAGAGCUUAUCAAAGAAAUAUUGGCCAACAAAGAAGAUACUUACCCAAAAAUGGACAUGGAAGGCUAUGCUAAGAAACUAUUAGGGGAAGCACUUAUAACAAAUGAAGGUGAAAAAUGGGCAAAAGUAAGAAAACUGGCCAACCACACUUUCCAUGCCGAAAGCCUGAAACGUAUGGUACCAGAAAUGAGUGAAAGUGUUCAAACAAUGCUAGAAAGAUGGAAAGAACAUGAAGGAAAAGAGUUCGACAUGUUCAAGGAUUUUGGACUGUUAACAACUGAAGUAAUUUCCAGGACAGCAUUUGGAAGCAGCUACAUGGAAGGCAAACAUAUCUUCGAGAUGGUGGCAAAAUUGACUGCAAUAACUGUAAAGAACGUUUAUACUGUCAGAUUUCCUGGAAUCAGUAUGCUAAUAAGAACAGAUGAUGAAAUUGAAGCAGAGAGACUUGAAAGAGGGAUCAAGAGCUCCAUUCUCGAGCUAGUAACGAAAAGAGAACAGGUUAAAGAUGGAAUAUUUGAGAAUUUUGGAACUGAUUACCUAGGGCAACUAAUGAAGCUUUUGCACGAGCCAGACACAGACAAGAGUAUCACAAUAGAUCAAAUGAUCGACGAGGUCAAGGCAUUGUUUGGUGCUGGACAUCUUACAACUACAAGUUUACUUGGCUGGUCUGUUUUUCUCUUAGCACUUCAUCCUGAAUGGCAAGAAAAAGCCAGAAAGGAAGUGUUUACAUUCUGUGGCCUUAAAAACCCAACUUCUGAUGCAAUCGCAAGACUGAGAACAAUGAACAUGAUACUUAAUGAAUGUAUGAGAUUGUAUCCUCCGGUUAUGACAGUGACAAGGAAAGUUGAAAGAGAAGUCAGGCUAGGGAACAUGACACUUCCUGCUAACAUGACGAUUUUCAUGCCAAUUCUGUCACUGCACCAUGAUCCUGGAAUAUGGGGCGAAGAUGUUCACGUUUUCAAACCAGAGAGGUUUGCAGAAGGGGUAUCUAAAGCAACUAACAACAAUGCAGCAGCAUUUUUCCCCUUCGGAUUGGGACCUCGUACUUGUGUUGGUCUGAAUUUCACAACCAACGAAGCAAAGAUUGCCCUUUCGAUGAUUUUGCAGCGUUUUAAGCUCACUCUGUCACCUAAUUAUGUGCAUUAUCCAUCUGAUGUUUUCAUUUUAACUCCCAAGGAUGGAGUUAAAGUUAUCCUUGAAUCCAUUUAGGUAUAUCUAUGUCU